AAACCCAUUUUUACAACUCCUCCCCCUCUCUCUUUCUUUCCUCUUUCGUUUUCUCUCCUCGAUCUUUCAUUCUUGAUUCUUCCUUCUCUACUUUUAGAUUUUCCCCGGAAAAUUUCUUCUGUUUUCCCUGCGUCCAAUCACUUCUCUUCGCUCUCAGUUGCCUCUCGAGCUCCUUUAUUCCACCGCCGAAAAUAGAGUCGUUGCAGAGAGAGCUACUUGUCUUCUUCUUCUUCUUCUUCUUCUUCUUCUUCUUCAGCUGCUACUUCCUCGGCGACGGGGUAGUGGAGAUCGGAUUGUUCUCAUCUCAUAGAUUUGUGAAUCUGAGGAUUGAAAUCGGAAGAUAAGAUUAGGUCCAGCUCUCUAAUGGCUGCUUCUCAGGAUCAAGUUCAGGAAGGUCCUAAUGAUAUGUCGGCUUCGGGAGGUGAAUGCUACGAUGACAAUGGUGGAGAUCAGUUGAUGGAAUUGAAUUCAUUUGGGAGUCAUCAGCAGACUCCCAAAUUGAGGAAGCCUUACACCAUCACCAAACAGAGGGAGAAGUGGACGGAGGAGGAGCACCAGAAGUUCCUGGAUGCUCUGAAGUUGUAUGGCCGUGGCUGGCGUAAGAUUCAAGGUGUGAAUAAUACCCCUUUGUACUCCCCGCCACUCCCCCUUGCUCCUCUUCAGGAACUUCUGUGUGUGCUCCAAUUAUCAGUGGAUGAAGUUUUGUUAUUAUCCCUCUUGCAGAACAUAAUGGCCCUUCUGACAUGUAGUGUCGAUCUUAAUUUUCAGGUGGUGCGUGAUACAACUGGGGUUUCAGAGAGUUCCCUGAAACCAAUUGAGAUCCCCCCUCCUCGUCCAAAGAGAAAACCCUCGCAUCCUUACCCUCGUAAAUGCAUUGAUGCUCCUGAGAGAUCCGAGUCUCCAAAUUUGUUGGGUAUGGAGAAGGGGAACAAUUCCCCGACCUCUGUGUUGUCCGUGGUUGGCUCGGAGGCAUUGGGCUCUCCAGCUUCGGAGAUGUUGAAUCGCUGCUCUUCGCUGACCUCAUGUACCAGCGAUGUUCAGUCCUUCAUGUUAUUGCCUCAUGAGAAAGAGAGUGAACCCAUAGUAUCAGAUGUCUCUCCGCUCCAAGAAAACACAAAUUCUUCACCUGAGGGAGCAUCUUCUGAUCCAAUGAUGGAGAAGUUUCUCACGAAUUCGGAGGAUGGCUCCAACAAUGCAACUCUCCUUGAAGCAGAGGGAGCAGUCCCAAUGGCUCGUUCCAAGAGCUUCAAGUUGUUUGGGAGAACAGUGUUGGUUAUGGAUUCCGAGAAGCAUGUGGUAGGGGGCAGCCAAGCAAAUGUCGACAUGGACCAUGGCAUUGCCAAACAGAAGUCCUCGGGCAUCAAAUUGUCACUGGGUUUAGCUAACCAUGAUUUGAAUGGGUUGCCUUUGUCUAGUUUCCACACUGAAGUUAAGAGAGAGAGCGCUGGUAUCUCCGAAACAGAUUGUUCGUUACCAGCAUGGAGUUUAUUUGAUGGACUGUCUAAGAGUUCUCGGCAAUCAUUUACGGGAGACAAUUCAAAGGAGAAGGAUACUGUGGAUGAAAGAUGUUGUUCCGGCUCCGAUGCAGGAUCAACAAAUGAAGUAGAGAAACGAGAGAGAUCCAUGGAUGUAGGGGAGUCCCAACGCCAAAUGUUUACCAGUAAUGCGAGGAGCAAUUCGAUGAGGGGGUUUGUGCCAUACAAAAGGUGCUUAGCUGAGAGGGACAUGAAAUCAUCAUUGGUCGCGUCAGAAGAGCGAGAUCAGCAAAGGGCUAGAGUUUGCUCUUAGCCCGUAAAAAUUCCAUCUCUCCCCAUUGGCCCUUCAUUGUGUAGAUAUGUUGGAGAAGAAGAGGAGCUAAUUUUGCUGGCGGUGAAGCCCCCUAGUGAACGUUAAAGAUAUAGACGAACCUAAUUUUUGGUCUUUACAGUCUCUUCAACUGAAGAAGCGGCCUGCAAAAGUUGGGUGGCUUUUUAUCAUAGAAGAGGAGACGGGCAAAGAUUUGUGAGGGAGGGAUGAGAAUGUGGGUACAGGGAAGCUCCCUACUAAUUGUAAAUUAUUCAUCGCCACGGCCACGGCAUUAGGUUCUGUUUGCCGCAGAAGCCGGAUGAUUGGAUCGACAGUCCCUUAGUCCUGCACCUGCGGUUGCUGCUACGAGUUUCGGCCGUGGAAGAACUGCGAUUUAACUUGAAUAUAUUUUGUGGCUCAAAUAAGUUAAUCUGCUGCUUUUGUUCAUCAAAUGACUUCCCUUUUCUUGGACGAUCCUUGCUUUGUUGUAUGCUGUCACUCCUGCGUGUUCAUUUCUCUUGGCCUCCUUUUUUUACAUUCUUAGCCUCUCCCCAGUCCCUUCUCUUCGCGGGCUGUCUGACUGAACGUUUUCAGAAUCAUUUUCCAGUUUUGUAUACUAGUUUGGUGC